UUUAAUCUAUCAGCUUUUUGCUUCCUCUUCCACGCGUUUUCGGCUCAUAAGACUAGAACGAUGCAGAGUGCCUCGCUGCGUAUCUGGCUCGGUGCACUGCUAGUAUUAUGCUGUGCUUUUAUAACAUCGGCUACAUCGCCUACAAAUUCCAUUUCAAAGACAACAAUUCCAAUUCCUACUCAUUUCCAAAACAUCAAGGUCCUUCGUAUUAUUGACUUGCGCACUCCUAUUGUACACGAGGACAUUGGAUUCCGUGCAAAGAACAUAGGAAAUCAGCCAGUAAAUGAGUACUACUUAACUUUCAAAGCUCAGGAUGAGGAGAACAUCGCGUCUAUCAAUGCCUUUUUACGCCAGGGACCAAAGACCGCCCUGUCUAUCGAACAGGCCGGAUUUGAUUCUGAAAAGGAACUGCAGUUGUACAAAGUGACAUUCGAUUCUCCUUUACAACCAGAUGAAGAGAUUCGCUUUGGAGUCAAGGUUGCAUACACCAACGUUAUUGAACCUCUUCCUAAGAAGCUGCCCCAGAUUUCUCGACAGCAUUUGAUUUUCAAUGGCAAUGUCUAUCUGUUCUCUCCCUACAACACCGAGGAAAUCAAGACUACCCUUCAACUUCCCAAUGAGAAGAUUUUGUCAUACACAGGAAAUGAUGAGAUAGUAGUCAAGACUGGUAACAAGAUUAUCUAUGGUCCCUUCCAGAAUAUCCCUGCCGAGAGCUACAACAUUUUGUCUUGCCACUAUGAAUACCUUAAGCCUGUCCUGACCUUAACCAGUCUCCGCCGUGACUUUCAGUUAUCGCAUUGGGGUGGCAAUCUGGCCGUUGAAGAGCAUUUUGCCCUGCGUCACGAUGGUGCAAAGAUGGAAGAGCCCUUUAACCGUGCCAAGUACCAGCUUUCAAGAUCCGUUCAUGCUCAGACAAAUGUGCUUCAACAUCUUCCUCUUGAACUUCCAGCUCAUGCCCGUGAUAUUUACUACCGGGAUGACAUUGGUAAUGUAUCUACAUCCGCUCUCACAUACGGACCUUCGGCUACUAUUUUGGAUAUCAAGCCUCGUUACCCUCUGUAUGGCGGAUGGAAUUACACCUGGUUCCAUGGCUACAACAUUGACUUGGGAUACUUUGCUCGUUACUCCAAAAAGAGUGGAGUCUAUAUUCUUAAUUUCAAGUUUGUGGAAAAUGUAAUCGAUAUGGCAGUGGAGAAAGUUGAAGUCAAUGUUAUACUUCCUGAGGGCGCCAAAAACGUUAAAGUGAAUGCUCCUUUUAAGUUGGAUUCUAUUGAACACACAAAACACUUUACCAAUUUUGAUACUACUGGUCAUUACAAGGUUGUGUUAAAGAAAUUUAAUGUGAUCAACGAGCAUUCUCAACCAAUUCAGAUCACCUAUGAGUAUUCUUCAAUCCGUUACCUUCAGAAGCCAUUGGCUGCAUCUGUUGGAUUUUUUGCAUUGUUUAUCUUUAGCAUCAUUAUUUCAAAGCUUCCUGUAGUAAUUGGGCAGCAAAAGAAAUCAUUGUUGAAGGAAGAGUAGAAUUAUAUAAAAGAGAAAGAGUAUUACUUGUUUUCGCGGUUGCUUAAAAAAACAUUCUAUACAAAAUAAACUUUCAGAUCUUCAUUAUGUAAAUAUACAAAAAAAAACAUACUUUCAUAUGUAUACAUUUAUCCAAUUGAUGAGAAUAACCAAAAAGUACUAAAAUAUUUUUGGUUUCUUCGUUUGUUA